GUUGUGCAAAUGAAUGACAGAUGUUUUUAAGUACAACAUUCUUGUCCUCUUCAUGAGUUCCUGCAGUGCAGACACGUUGGGUUUAAUUUAAUACGUCAUUCAACUUUGCGUCAUAUUUGAAAGCCGCAGAGUUGCGGUGGCCACUGUGUAGAUCCGCCCCUGCGGGUCUCGCUGAAACCGAAAGAAGAACGUUACCUCAGCCUGAACAGCGGCGUCAUUCAGUGAAGGACAGAGAAGCGGAGCUGAUACUGCAGACUGACGGAGAACUGGAGGAUUUCACCUGAGAGAGCAGAGAGAGGAGCAGAAUGGCAAUUACUGCAUUCUGAAGGAGAACCAGAGGAUUCUGCUGAGAGCUUCACCUGAGAGAGCAAAAUGAAGUGUGUUUGGGUGAUGAUUCUGUUCCUCCACUCCACUUUUUCAGAGAAGUUUGAGGUUGUGGGUCCAGUUGCUCUUGUUGUCACUGCAGCUGGUUCUGACAUUGUUCUACCAUGUUCUGUUCGACGCUCGACUGAUCAGUCCAGUCUGAGUGCUGUGGAUAUGAACAUUACAUGGACCAGAUCAGACCUGGGAGGCGCUGUAGUUCAUUUCUAUGGAAAUCAUAAAGACAUGAACACCGGGCAGAUUCCUCAUUACAGAGAGAGAACAGCUCUGUUUAAAGAGGAGCUACAGAACGGCGACGCCUCACUGAGACUGAGUAAAGUUGGUGUUUUUGAUGAAGGAGAGUACAGAUGUAGUGUUGAAUCCAGAGAAUGGAAACAUGAUUUCUCUUUUAAAAUUAGAGUUGAAGUUAUUGGAACACGGCCACUGAUCACUGUGGAGAGAUACGAAAAGACGUCUGAAGAGUUCACUUUACUGUGUGAAUCUAAAGGCUGGCGGCCUCAGCCUGACCUUCAGUGGCUGGACAGUGAAGAAAACAAUCUGACUGCAGGAGAUACAGAGUCA